AUGAAUCCCAACAAGCAAAGGCAGUAUAAUCAGCUCGCUCACGAACUCAGAGAACUGCAAACGAACUUGCAGGAAACGACAAAACAACUAGAUGUCAUGUCGAAGCAAUGCAAUGAGAACUUGAUUGGUCAAUUAGGCAAGGUACACGGAAGUUGGUUGAUCGGUAGUUACAUCUAUUACAUGGAGCAGAUGCUUGGAAAGGCACAGUAG